CCACAGCGGAGCACUAAGGCUCGCUUACACAGAGGACCCUGUCCCCCUCCCGUAUCCGGGCAGCCAUCCUGCCAGGGCAGAGGCGCCCUCUUAUCUCGAGGGGAGCAGAAGUGGCGCGAAGAGGGGUCCCCGAGGCGAGGCGGGCAGCGCGAGGCUAGGCCGCCACUCGCGGGAAUAGGACUUCCCGGUCCGGGUCACCCGGUCCAGGCGGAGCAAUUACAGUAGCAACAGCGAUUGCAUCCGACGGCUGAAGGUCAAUUACGGCUUUUCAGAGUGCUUUCUCCCACAGUAAUCAUCACUGUUUACAAAGUUUUCACCGGCUCCCGAGGGAGUCGUCAUUAUCUCCAUUUUACUGGAGAAGAAACGAAGGCUCAGAAGGACUCGUCAGCAGAAACAGUCCUCUAGGUUCCACAUGCGGACUCCAGAGAACCCCUCACCCGCUCCUACAAAUGCCGAAGGAUUCUAAGGAAGUUGGAGCUGGGGAUCCGGAGACUUGAGUCAGGGCUGCGUUGGGGGCGGGUCCCGCUCGGGUGGCCCCGCCCCCGGGCCAACCCGGGAUUCAUCUGCAGAGCUGAUUGGUCCGGAUCGGUGACAGUUCGCGUUGCCCAGGAAACUAGGGCUGGGCACCUUCAGUACUAAAAGGAGGCGGCGGGCCCGGGUCAGGGGCCUGGAGAUCGGGCUUGGGCCCAGAGCAUGUUCCAGAUCCCAGAGUUUGAGCCAAGUGAGCAGGAAGACUCCAGCUCCGAAGAGAGGGCCCUGGGCCCCACCCCCACAGGGGACCGGCUAGGCCCCAGUUCACCAGGAGGCUUCCUGGGAGACAUCAGUCACCAGCAGAGGCAGCUGAUCAGCAGCAGACACCAUGGAGGCACUGGGGCUACGGAGACCCGGAGUCGCCACAGCUCAUACCCCACGGGGAUGGAGGAGGAGGCGGGGAUGAAGGAGGAGCCCAGUCCAUUCCGGGGCCGCUCACGCUCAGCGCCUCCCAAUCUCUGGGCUGCACAGCGCUAUGGCAGAGAGCUCCGGAGGAUGAGCGAUGAGUUCGUGGACUCCUUCAAGGGUCUUCCUCGCCCGAAAAGCGCGGGCACAGCGACGAAGCUGUGGCAGAGCUCCAGUUGGACACGCGCCAUCCAGUCCUGGUGGGAUCGGAACUUGGGAAGAGGAGGCUCCGCCCCCUCUCAGUGAACUUCCGCCCCACAUUCCCUAAACCCACCCCCCACC